UUUCUUUUUGCAAAUUUUUCACAUCAGAUGCCAUUACUCUUCGUACAAAGAAAAACAAGAACCCAAGCAGCUUGCAUAUUCUAAGCAAUUUUUGAGCUUCAUCCUCUCCCUCUCUCUCAUGAAGAACAUCCCUUACUUGUCAUCCAUGUUUCUACACAUGAUCCUCACGCUACUUGUGGCCGGAGAAGACUCGCCGCCUGCCUACCCUCCAGGCGAUGUGAUCACCAUUGCAUGUGAGUCUAUGAUCGCCAUUGCGUGUGGGCAUAGUGGCCCCCAAAUUCUUAACGAUCGAUCUUGGACUGGAGAUAAGCACUCAAUAUAUUCUCCCUCAGAAGAACGCCAAGCUGGCAACACAUCCAUCACCAAAGAAGCCCCUUUGUCGUCCUCCUCCUCCGCCAGCCAAGUUCCUUACACCAUGGCACGUCUUUCUCGCCUUGAAUUUACUUACAGAUUUUCCUUUAGUACCGCAGGCCAAAAGUUCAUCCGCUUGUAUUUCUAUCCAGCUUCGUAUCGCGACUUCAACCGCUCCCAAGCGCUCUUUUCUGUCAAAGCCGGUGGCUUUACCCUUCUCCACAAUUUCAAUGCUUCAGCCAUUGCAGAUGUGUAUGGGGAGGAGACGUUCUACAGAGAGUUCUGUUUGAACAUUGAUGAUCAAGAGCAAAGCUUGAACAUCACAUUUACUCCAACCAGAACAGCAAGCCCAGAUGCAUACGCAUUUAUCAACGGAAUUGAGAUUGUAGACAUGCCAAGCAAUCUCUACUACACCGAAUCCCAGAGCCCCAGUGGGGUUUAUUCUGUUGGUACUAGAGGAAAGAAGUUUCUUCGAAUAGAAAACAACACUGCUCUAGAGAUGGUUUACCGCUUGAACAUCGGUGGGGACCCAAUUUUAUACAAUUCGGACACCGGAUUGUUCAAUUCGGACACUGGAUUGUUCUUCAGAUUGUACCGCAACUGGGAUGGUGUGGCAGAGGAGAAAAAUUAUUUAGAUGCAUUAAGUUUACGUUUUAGCGGUCCACUACAAAGCCCUUCUGUUGGUCUCAACUUUUCCAUAAUACCAGAGUACACUGCACCAUUCGAAGUUUACCAAACAGGCCGAUCAGGGAGCAGACCGGAAGCAAGUCCACGGCCGUACAAUCUCACCUGGGAAUUCCCUGUAGAUUCCAAGUUUUCUUACCUGGUUAGGAUGCAUUUUUGUGAGUUCCAAUCUGACAGAGGCGACCGGAACGGAUCUGGAGACUUUCAAAUUUACAUAGCCAACCAAACAGCUGAAGAAAGAGCCAACAUCUUCUUAUGGAGUGGUGGAUAUGGGAUUCCAGUGUACAGAGACUACGUUGUGUCAAUGGUUGGCCCUGAAAGCAUGCGUGACAAAACAAAUCUUUCUAUCGCAAUAUAUGACUUACACAGUUAUGCAACCUUAAAUGGGCUUGAAGUCUUCAAACUGAAUGACUCAAAUGGCAAUCUCGGCGGACCAGCGGAGCCACAAAGCCCCUCAACUGCUCAUGUGCUAGGCAUCGCUGCUGGUCUAGUUUCCGGCACACUUGUCAUGAUCUCUGUCCUCGGAUUCUUCAUUUUCAUGCGACGACGGAAAGCCAAGUCCUCGAGCGCCAAUAACGAGACGGCCAAAUUAACAAAGAUCCAGGGGCCCCCUGUACCGCUUUAUUUGUGUCCAUACUUUUCACUUGCAGAUAUAAAAGCAGCUACUGAAAACUUCAAUGUCACGUUCAUUAUAGGAGUUGGAGGCUUUGGAACCGUGUACAGAGGGUGCAUCGGUGAUGGUGUGGCGACCUCCGAUGUCGCAAUCAAACGGCUGAAACCUAACUCAUCACAGGGAGUCCACGAGUUCAAGACAGAAAUCGAGCUGCUCUCCCAACUCCGCCACCGCCAUCUGGUGUCUCUGAUCGGAUAUUGUACGGAUGAAUACGAGAUGAUGUUGGUAUACGAUUACAUGCCACGUGGGACCCUCGCCAGCCAUCUCUACCACACGAACAAGCCACCUCUUUCCUGGGAGCAGCGGCUUCUGAUCUGUAUUGGCACGGCUCGUGGGUUGCAGUACCUUCACAGUGGGGCCAAGAGCACCAUCAUCCACCGUGACGUAAAGAGCACCAACAUCUUGUUGGAUGAGAAAUGGGUGGCCAAGGUUUCGGAUUUUGGAUUGUCGAAAAUGGGCAUGACAACCAUGUCCAAGACCCACAUCAGCACGGCCGUGAAAGGCAGUUUCGGUUAUUUGGACCCUGAAUACUACAGACGACGGCAGCUGACUGAGAAGUCCGAUGUGUACUCAUUUGGUGUGGUGUUGUGGGAGGUAUUGUGUGGGAGGUCCUCUCUGAUGCAUACGGUGGAGUCGAGGCGAAGGAUCUUAGCUGAGUGGGCAAAGAGUUGUCAUGGAGAUGGGACGCUUGAUCAAAUCAUUGACCGUAAUUUGAAGGGUAAGAUUGAACCCGAGUGCUUGAAUAAGUUCAUUGAGAUUGCUAUGAGUUGCAUUCAAGAUAAAGGAAUCGAACGACCCUCGAUGAAUGAGGUUGUGAGGGGGCUUGAGCUUGCAUUGCAGCUUCAUCGAAAGAGCAUUGGAAGUAAUGGUGACAACGAGGUUACCUUCAUAAAUGACGGUGGCGUUAGUACCGAGCAAGGUUUUGCUAGCAAUGAAUCCGUCCAAUGUAUCUCCGCGACAAUCUUCUCUGAGAUCAACGAUCCGAUUGGAAGAUGACGCGAGCAACAUCUUCAAUGAAAUGGGAGCAGUGCAGCUAGAAUGCAAUAGAAUUUGAAUAGGAUAUUAGUAAAAUAUGUUGCGUCAAAUUUCAUAUCAGUUGUAUUUAAAUUCAAAAUACUCAGUACUAAAUAAUCCGUAUCCGAUGUGAUUAAUCCAAAAUACUCAGUACUAAAUAGUCAGUACUAAUUCAAGAGAA